AUGAAGCUUUUUAUCGUCGACAGUCGACGACGCAAGAGAGAAUUUGAAGUAAAAGGGGAAGACACUUUGUUAGAUCUGAAGAAGCGUCUGGAGGAAGAAUCCAAAAUCCCCACCCAGUGUCAAUUUGUGGCUGUUCGGAAAGGACGUAAGGAAUUGCAUUCAUUGACAAAGGGAGAUGACAACAAAACAUUGGCAGAACUCGAAUUGAAAGACGAUGAUAUCCUUGAAUACGAACCUUUUCGUGUUCACAUUCAGCACGUCAACUGGAAUGAAGGCCAAACUGUCACGUUGGAUCUCGGCAUUCACCCUGACACGACCGUCAAGGAGAUGAAGGAUAUGAUCGAGCAAAAGACAAACAUUCCAGCGUACGAACAACGCGUAGUUUUUUUCCAAAUGUUUCUAGAUGACCCACAUGAUACCAUUGGUGCCAAUGGAGUCGAGCAUGAUGAUACGAUUGAUAUUCAAGAUGGCCUGACAGUUUCUGUCGUCCACAAACCGACCGGAAAACUUCUCUUCAAUCAGGCAGCAGAGCCAAAUGACACCAUUCAUCUCAUGAAGCGACACAUUCAACAGACAUCUCAUGUCUUGGUGGAAGAUCAAAACGUCUUUUGGAAGGGACAGAAACUGACCGAUAAUGACGCCACUCUAAGAGAAGCUGGGAUUCUUCAUGGCGACACGUUUGAAUUUGACAAUGAAGUCGAAGAGAUGGAAGUUCAAAUCCGUUUGGCAACAUCCGAAGUCUUUACCAUUCAGAAUAUCAACUUUGUCACCAACACUGUGGACAACUUAAAGCUUAGAAUUCAAGAGAUUGAGGGAAUUCCUAAAGAUAUUCAAUACUUGGACUUUAUGGGUACCAAUUUGACGGAGCCAGACAGGAGCCUGAUGGAGUGUCAUAUCUACAAGAAAGGGGAUAUGAUCGACUUGACACCUCACCGUGUUAAACUGACAUCAGUAGAGGAAAUGGUGCUGACCAUCCGACUGCAAAAGGGACCCGACCGUGGCGACGGCGAGACAGACUCGGAAGUCUUGUGCGAGCUUACUGUCCUGCCGAAAGACACCAUCCGUGAUGUAAAGAAGAGAAUUCAAGACAAGACCAAGAUUCUUAUGUUCCUACAGCAAUUGAGUCACGACGGAAAUCUUCUUGCCGAUGACCGGCCAACCCUGCAUUACUUGGGGAUCAAGACCAAGGAAACUUUGGAUUUAGUCAAGUUGCCUCAAGAAGUCAAAGUCAAAGUUGUAUAUCCACCAGGAGAGAAGAAAGAUGACGAGACGAUAGUCAUUACUCAUCUAGAUCGAAUGGACAAGCUCAUUUAUGUUCAGCAGAAAUUGGAGAAAGCACAAGGAACCAAAGUUGAAAACCAGGACUUGUGGUAUCAUGGAAAACGAUUGACUCCAUCUGGUGACGACGAGGACGAAGUAGACCAAAGGCAAGACACACUCUUCGACCUCAGAAUUAAACAUAAUGCUGUAUUGGAAUUGAAGAUCAGGGCCAAGCCUAAAAAGCCAAAGAAGAAAAGGAAGUCCAAGGUUCGUGCACUUUCGCCAGCACCGCCACAGAAGGAGGAGAAGACGUAUGAUCAUGGCGGAAUGCGGUACAAAAUGAACAGGGGAGAUUUUGACUGGUGUAGAAUCAACAAGGCAAACAAGAGUGAUUACAUCGGUCUGACAUUCAAGAAGGAAGGGGACGGGAACUACUAUGUGGAUAAGAUCGAUCCAGAAGGUUGGGUGUUGACCUUUGCGCCAUAUUUGAAAGAAAAGGCUCUCGUCAUGAAAUUUUGUGAAAAACCGGCAGAUACUUUCACCGUGGAAGAAAUGCACAAAAUGUUGGAUGAGGAAAUGGUAAUGGAAUUGGAGACUACCAAUCCUAAAGCUAUCGUGGAUAAUUCCAAAUUCGACUAUGGUGACGACUUUGCCGCCGGGGACAUUGUUGAUAUUGAUGGUGGGCCUGUACAAGGGGAAAUUAGGCGUCAAGCAAUGAAGGGAAAAUGGAUGUUAAAAAACCUGGACACUGGAAAGGUCAUGCUGGUCGCAGGAACCCAGCUGACAAAAGCUUAG